AUGGCCACCGACCCCGUCGUCGCCCAGGUCCAGCGCAAGAUCGAGCUCCAGGCCCCCGAGGACCUCGCCUACCUGCUCGCCAACGUCCGCCGCGCCGCCGCCGACCGCAUCGACGAGGCCUUCCCCCCCGUCGAGGGCGCCGCCCGCGGCGAGGACCGCCUGCGGAACCAGAUCGAGACGCUCGUCAACGAGUACAUCGACAAGACCUUUUCCCUCGCCGCGCCAAACCUCUCCAUCAACGGCCUCCCCGUGCCAGACAACCUCGUCGCCGGCGGCGCCUCGGCGCAGGACCUCGACGACACCGCGUACGAGCCCUUCGACACGCGCAAGCGGCAGCGCAUCGCCGACCGCACCGCCGAGGAGGAGCGCCUGCUCGAGGAGGUGGCCGCGCUCAAGCGCUCCGUCCCCGCCGCCGCCGCGGCACAGCAAGCCGCGCGCGUGCGCGAGGGCCUCGACCGCGACGAGGAGCUGCUGCGUCGCCGCGUGGCGUCCUCUUCCGCGGCCGUCGCCGCCGAGGACGGGCCGCGGGUCGGCGCCCUGCCGCGGCAGGACGGCGUCGAGGAGGCGUUUGCGGGCGCGGUGGACGCGCUGGGCAGGCUCAAGAGGGACAUGCCCGCCGUGGUGGCCAAGAUGGAGCGGGCGAGGGUUGCCGGCGAGUACGUCGUUACCGAGGGGCGGUGA